GAAAACGCUGUUCUGUCAUUUGAAGACGUCAACUCAGCGGGAAAGUUUGUGUUGCCUUCUCACGAUUGUCCACGGGUCUGUGGGGCUGGUCACCAUGCCGACCCUGCAGGACUGCGUCCAGCUGAACUGUGGCGUCCAGAUGCCCCUGCUGGGCCUGGGGACGUACCAUCUCCACGGCGACGAGCUGCGCUGCUCGGUGGACGCGGCCCUGGCCGCAGGCUACCGCGCCUUCGACACCGCCGCCGUCUACGGCAACGAGCCGGACCUGGGCCGCGCCCUGCGCGAGCUGCUGCCGCGUCACGGCCUCACGCGGGCCGACGUGUUCGUCAUCAGCAAGCUGGACCCUGCGGACCACGGCGCCCGAGCGCUGGACGGCUGCCUGCGGAGCGUGGAGCGUCUGGGCUGCGGCGCGGUCGACCUCUUCCUGCUGCACUGGCCCGGCACCGCGGGUCUGGACCCCGCCGACCCCCGCAACGCCGCCGACCGCACGCUCAGCUGGACCGCCCUGGAGGACCUGCACCGCGGCGGAACCUUCCGCGCCAUCGGCGUCUCCAACUACACCCCCCCGCACCUGCGCCAGCUGCUGAGCGCCUGCCGCGUGCCCCCCGCGGUGCUGCAGACGGAGUGCCACCCGGCGCUGUGCCAGACGGAGCUGCGGCGGGCGUGCGGAGAGGCGGGCGUGGCGCUGCAGGCGUACUCGUCGCUGGGCAAGGGCACGCUGCUGCGGGAGCGCCAGGUGGGGGCGCUGGCGAGGGAGUGCGGACGCACGCCUGCACAGGUGCUGCUCAGGUGGGCCGUGCAGCAGGGCGUGGCCGUGUUGCCGCGGUCGCGGGAGCCCCGGCGCGUGCGGGAGAACGCGCGCGUGUUCGACUUUGAGCUCAGCGCGCAGGAUAUGACACGGCUCGGCGCCCUGGACUGCGGCAGGAGGUUCUGCAAGAGAGACCCGUCUUGUGUGGUCUAGAACCCCAGCGGACCCGCGCACACGAGAACAGAAGCAGCAUCAGAGCCAGCCGGGUUCCUGCUUUGGAAUGGACGUGCUCGUGAUCAGACCAAAUCAGCUGUUCUCAUUUCUAAUGGCUUCUGUCCAUCAUUGUACUGCUGUCAGUCAAAAGCAGUGGACAUGUUCUGGACACGUAAACAUUUCCAUGGUAACCAAGUACUUCAAAGCUUCCUGUUCAAAUUCAUGUUCUAAAUAAGUUCCACGUUUCCGGGAGAGUUCCAGUUUGUUGGUUGGAUUUAUAAGUGUGUAUAGGUGAAACCUACCAAGUAAGCACAAUACAACUUUUGCAGUCCAUGAAAUUCAUUUAUUUGACCAAAUGGUAUAAAAGAAAUACAAAUACAGCAAUGUUUCCAUAGAAAAUAAAAAACAAAAUGAGUAAAAACAUAAAAA